CACCCCACGCGCCGGAGCGGGGGGGGGGGGGGGUGAAGGGAAAGAGCGGCGUAAAAAAGCGCCGGGAGUAGCCCGCCCUCCCCCUCCACACACCCCGCACACCGCCCUCCCCUUCCUCCCCUCCCUCAGUGAACGAGGCCCCUCGCACAACGGCUCCUUGGAGAGAAAGGGGGGGGGAAGAAAAAAAAAAGGCGGAAAAGAAAAAAAAAAAAAAAAGAAAAGAAAUUAAAUUAAAUCACCGCCGCCUCUCCAGCGGUGCCGCGGCGGGUAAGGGGAGCGGCGGUGGCUGGGCAGAGAGGAGGCAGAGCGCGGGGGGCGAGCCGGGGAGCGCCGCGCUCUCCCUCCCAAACUUUGAUGAUGACCAUGACUACGAUGGCUGACGGGCUGGACGCGCAAGACUCCUCCAAAUCCGCCUUCAUGGAGUUCGGGCAGCAGCAGCCGCCGCCGCCGCAGCCGCCGCCGCCGCCGCCUCACUCCCAGCAGAGCUCGCCGGCCAUGGCCGGCGCCCACUAUCCGCUGCACUGCCUGCACUCCGCCGCCGGCUCGCACCCGCACCACCAGCAUCACCACCACAGCUCGCCCUACUCCGGCAGCGCCGGCUCCUACAACCACCGCUCUCUGGCCGCCUACCCCUACGUGAGCCACUCGCAGCACAGCCCUUACCUUCAGUCCUACCACAACAGCAGCGCGGCCAGCCAGACGCGGGCGGACGAUGCAGAUCAGCAAAAAACCACAGUGAUUGAAAACGGUGAAAUCCGAUUCAAUGGAAAAGGGAAAAAGAUUCGGAAGCCUCGAACCAUUUACUCUAGUCUACAACUCCAGGCUUUAAAUCAUCGCUUUCAGCAGACUCAGUACCUGGCACUUCCAGAGAGAGCUGAACUGGCAGCUUCAUUAGGACUUACCCAGACACAGGUGAAGAUCUGGUUUCAGAACAAGCGCUCCAAAUUCAAGAAGCUGCUGAAGCAGGGCAGCAACCCCCACGAGAGCGACCCUCUGCCCGGCUCCGCCGCCCUCUCCCCUCGCUCUCCGGCUCUGCCUCCAGUCUGGGACGUUUCAGCUUCUGCCAAGGGAGUCAAUAUGCCUCCCAACAGCUACAUGCCUGGCUAUUCUCACUGGUAUUCUUCUCCACAUCAAGACACAAUGCAGAGACCACAAAUGAUGUGAAUUGUCCAAGAGAAAUAAUCUCCUAAGAACGCCUCGUCUCGACAUGGCAAGAAGUUCUCCUGCUUUGCCAAGCCGUGCCAGCUAACAGGCUCUGUGUGAACUUGUAGAUGCGGCAAAGAGACAGUGUUUUUUUGUUUUUUUUUUUUUUUUUUUUUUUGUUUUUUUUAAGUAACCUCAGCGAUUGAUCUUGAACAGAAAGACACAAUUUUCAUUCUGGCGCACAGAAGACACUUCUUUUUAGGAUAUUUUCCUUUGGACUGCAAGGCACCAACCUCUUUCUCUGUGGAGUAUACGUCAAAACAAACUUUUUACAGACUUUGCACACAAGAAGAACCUGAAUCUACCAUGGCAGCCGUUUUUACUUGUUUAAUGAGCUAAAGACAUUACAUGAUGAAAGAGAGACUAGUCAAAGCUCCUUCAUUUUAUUCACCAAAUAUGGACUGGGGAAAAAAAAAAUGAGAGAAGAAGGGAAUUUAAAAAAAAAAAAAAAAAAGGAGAGAGAAAAGAAAAGGAGAACUGAUUGAAAAAUGAAAAUAUACUGUAAGAUUAGAACAUUACCACGAAGCAAAACCUGCAUGCUUUCUCAAAAUGCAAUGGGCUGCGGCUCAGAAGAAACCACCGUCUUUCCCGCGAAGAGCCCCCUCACCCGCACACAGUCGGACAGACUCCCGGAGACGAGCAGGAAGGACAGAGCGAGGGAUCCGCGGCAUCACCCGCCGCGGCGGGCUGGAGAAGGGAGGUUCAGCCUCACCCACUGAGCGACGGGGACCUUUCCCCCGAGCAACCUUUCUGUAUAUAUUGUUGAAUUUUAGUUGUACAUAUACUUUGUAUGUUUUUGUCUUCUUUCAUAUAUAGAGUAAAAGCCACAAAACGCC